UCCUUACGGGAUACGUCACAGUGUUUACCCGGAAAUGAGAGCUCCUUCCAACAAACUGCUGUCAACAUCUACAAUUUACAGACUUCUGUCCGGUUUUGGUGAAGUGAAAUUAAACCUUACCGCUUAAUCUGACUGUAAACUACUGAGUCGGCAUGUACAGCGGACUCCUGCCCAAAGGUUUAACUGAGGACGACCUCAGUCCAAAUGACGAAGAGGACGAGCAGGAGGACGGUGUUGAGGAGAGGAGGGAGGGUGAGAAGUUGAGCUCUGUCGGGGAAAACACACAGUCGACUAACGCUGCCAGUGAUGCAGACAGUGACUCCCCGACCUGCGGUAUUCCUGGUAUAUCCCAGGAAAUGUGGCAGAAAUUCCAGGAUCUACGCCAGAAGAAAGACGAAAUGAAGACCGUGAAGAUCCCCAGAAAAAGAAAAAGAAGACGGCACAAGAAAGCAGGAACAGAAAGUGAGGAACCCACACAGACAAGCAGAGAGCAUCAGGAGGAGCGAGAGAAGCACUGGGAUGAGCUUAAGCAGUAUUUUGGUGUAAAUGAUCGAUUUCAUCCCCCUGCAUGUUCCAAACCCCCUCCGAAGUCCGGCCUAGAAAAGAGCAUAGAGAGGGCCAUAGCUGAAGGGGACAUUGCAAAGGCGGAGGAGAUGAGCGACAGACUCGCCACUCGAGAGCUGGCUGUGAAUAUCGCUCAAGCCGCUGAUUGCCGUGACUUUGUGCAACGCAAACAGGAAGAGGAAGCUUUGAGGGAAGCGCAGAAGAGGAGGAAGGACAUCGCCUGGGGGUUUGAGGCUAAGAGACGAUGGGAAACCAAAAGCAACAUGGGCUUCAUGUGACAAACGCAGAGGGAAAGGAGGACUGUGAUUUAUUUAUUUAUUUUAAAGUUAAUUUGAUAAAAGUAGUGUUUUUUUAUGGCGGACUGAUCCUGUUUCUUUUUAUCCUCUUUGUAUAUUUUGAAGACUUCACAACAGCAGAGUGUGAGGGGGGGAAAAGUCACAUAGUUGGCUGAGGAAAAACCAAUCCUGAGAGUACGAGAGAGAGAAAAAAUUAUGGAGCAUUCAAAUUAAUUCCUAAGGCGCCCAUUGGUGUCUGCAUUGUGUUAUUUUUCAUUACAUUUCAGUGAUUUGAGCGUUCUGGCCUUUUUUUUCCCCCCUUCAAAUUAAAUCUGGUGUACAUUACUGGAUGAUGCGUUUAUUUAUUGCUGUAAAGUGGGUUAAUCAUGAAGGCGCUCCUUUCUUCUUCCGAGGAAGAGAAAGGAAAGAUUAGGGCCCUAAUGCAAUGUACAGGAUAAUGUGCGAUAGGAUUUGGGAGUAGAAAAUGAAAUUUGGCUGGUGUAAACAGUUGUGAGCAGUUGUAAACUGGAAGUUGAGUGAACGUUUUGUGAAGGGGAGGAGGGGGGUGAGACAUGAAACAGAGGCUUUGCUGUUGGCCCUCACCCAUGCUGGGAGACGUGCUAUUGUAUCUAAGCCCGAACAAGAGGCACGCGCACAAGCCUACACUCGCCACUCAUUGUGUGAUGAGCUCUCUUCAGCAUCUGUAAACUCGUCUAAAACCGUCGAUUCCUCUCGCUGUUACUUUGAUCUUUUUUGAUCUGCAGCGUUUGCCUCUGCAGCUACUCACGCUUCUGAAAUGCUCAUACAGAUUCCAGGAAGUGUUAAUUGCAAACAGCAUGCAGAAAAAGCACAAGAAUGAUAAUUACUUUUAUUCAUAAUGCGUGCUUAUAUAUAUUUUUUUUUUCCAACCAUAGAAAAAAUGAUUGCUUUGCUUCAAGGUAAUGAGAAUUAAAAUUAAUCCACCUAAGUUGUUUGCACUGCACAUAUUUGGGCACUUUGUCCCCUGGUGAGCAGCAGUAUUCUCAUAGCUUUGCUGUGUAGGCUGAAUCUGUUCGAGGAAAGAAAUUAGCUAAACAUCAGAAAUAAAAGUUUGUAGGCAAUUAUGAUACAAAACACCUGAGCUGUGGGGACCUAGAUACGACAUUGGUAUAAAGACACAGUUUGAAAAAUCAAGCUUUUUGGAUUUUACAUUCAAGUGACUCACAUGACCUGAGUGUCUGCAAAGUUGUCAGUUGGUGAGUAUUGGUGCUAAUUAAACUAUUAAUUAUCUCUGUAAUGAGACGCGAGUUAAAACUGUGUUAAGCACAUCAAAGUACGACGUGGGAUUUCUUCGCUUUGAUGAAAAUAUGUCUUGACUGAGGAGUGAGGAAACAUCAGAGAUUCUUCAUUAACGGGACAAAAAAGUAGCCGAACUUUAGGGCCUUCGAAGGUUUUGGAUAACUCAGUAAGGGUUUAAUAGUCUUUGAUUUUAUUUACAGAGAAUCGCUGGAUGUAGGUGUAUUUCUUAAACACACUUCUCAGAAAUAAGACCUUUUCAAGAGGGUUGUUUGAUAUUACGUGUACAUCUCAGUGGAAGACUCAAAACAAAAAGACAAACAGUAUCUCUGAAUAUGUGUUUUCCAUAUGCAUCCUUUUUUUUUUUUUUUUUUUUUUUUUUUUAAGCUAAUACUUGUCAGUGAACAUGACCAGCGCUGAUCCAAGAGCAGCGCCGUAUCAAUAGCAUCUCACUUUAUUAAUCUCUUGGAACACAGGAUAAUGCCUUGAGCAGAGAUGAUUCUGCUUUUAAGCUGGAAAAUCCACUUCCCCCUCUCGUCCUGUUGAGGAGCUGUUUUCAAUAGUCUGUUACUGGAGGCCAAUCUUAGCCCCCUGACCUAGGCUGAUUUGUGUUGAAACGCUGAGUUCCUUGGGCACAUGUCGAAACCACUUCUAGGAAAAGUGUUUGUUGUGCGGAGCGUGGGUGAAGGAAAAAAACAACAACAGCAAUCCCAUUAAAUGGUUGGAAAGCUGCUGUUGUAUGAAAAGGGAACAUAUGUUGCUGGUAACGACACAUCAGCACUAUCACUUGCUGCUAUCGCCGGCUAGAAGAGGAUUAACUCAAAGGAGAGAUCUCCGAGAUGCAGCCGAUAAAGGCAACAAUGUUCACAACACCUCACGCAAAGUGUAGAUCAGACAUGGUAACGUUGCUUUGUUUGUGUGUUGUUCAAGGUGUUUGAUAACCGCUGAUAAUGUUGCUUUUUAUUGUGUUACUACAACUUGUUACUCUUGCUCUCAUUCAAUUUUUACCUGUGUAAAUAAAGGUUUAAUCAAUAUUA